AUGGUGCGCUUUGUUUCCGCCUUUGCUCCCGGUCUUUUUACUGGCGGCCUCGUGAGCGCUGCGUCAAGCGCCGCGGCGUGGGCAAAGCAGUCAUCCCCGCGGGAUGCAGCGGCGUGUGCGUCCCGCAGUUCAACUUUCACGCCAGACGAGUUUCGUCCAUUCAAACUUCUCUCAUCGCGUUAUGAGUCGCAUGACACUCGGCGGCUUUACUUCGCUCUUGAGAGCGGCGAGGCGGUCUUUUCCGUGCCCGUCUCGUCGUGUAUCGUCGCGAAGUUGACAGACGCGGAGGGGAAAGACUUAUUGAAGCCCUUCACGCCUAUUACCGCAAACAACAAAAAGGGGCACUUUGAGCUUAUUGUCAAGAAGCACUCGAAGGACAAGAUGAGUGCCCUUCUCUUUCAAUUGCAGCCCGGGGAGGAGCUGCUUGUCAAGGGACCCUUUGAGAAGUUUACAUACAAACCAAACAUGUGGAAGCACGUAGGUAUGCUUGCUGGCGGGACGGGCAUAGCUCCCAUGUAUCAACUGUUGCAGGCGAUUUUGAUGAACGCCAAGGACCGGACGCAUGUAACUUGGUGUACGCAAC